GUCGGAACUGUUGAGAUUCAUUCUAUUGAAAGCCAAAAGGGUACAUUUCAAGUGGUGACGUUUUCCAAAUCCGAUUUAAGGAAACAAUAGUGGAUUCAUAUGCAAUCAUGACGAUAUCAUCUCUAUUUCUUACAAUCGCCGGCGAGAGCUAUUAUUCAUAAAUGUUUUUCUCCGCGCGUCGAUUUUGGUUGAAUUGCGGAAAUUUUCAGAGACUGUUUUGAUUAGUAAUCAACCCCUCUGUUCCCCGCGCCCACAAGGUCUACACAAUCAGCUUACUAAUCAAUCUCAACAUGACAACCCAAGAUCAAUCGAACGAAACAGCUAGAUGUUUUGGCUUGGUACUUCUCAGUGUUUUUAUACUUCCAUUUUCUGCCUCAUUGGCAUGUACGUUUCAUAUUCUUGGGGGAAUCUUUUCCCCAGAAGAGUCAGGAGCGGUGCUCCGAACAAAGAAUUCGAGUCGACCUCAAAAGAUAAUCCUAGUGACAGGUGUAGGAAUGGCAAAGGGGCUAGCACUAGCUCGUUCAUUCUACCUCUCAGGUUAUCGUGUCAUUGGAGCUGAUUUCGAAGAUCUCGAUUCUCCCUGCCCUGGUCGAUACUCACAGAGUCUCUCGGCUUUCUACUCGCUGCCUAAUACUGACAACGAUAAAGCUACCGAUGCUUAUAAUACUCGUCUCGUCGGAAUAAUUCAGGCGGAGAGGGUCACCAUUUGGGUUUCCUGCUCUGGAGUUGCUAAUGCUCUCCAAGAUGCAUAUGCCAAAGAAUCAAUUGAGCGGCAUACGGCGUGUAAGUGUAUACAGUUUGACGUUCAAACUACAUCCUCACUACAUAAUAAAGGCGCCUUUAUGGAACAAUGCAAAGACAGAGGACUUCCGGUACCUGAAACACAUGAGGUCAAGUCGAAUCAAGACAUCACCCAGAUUCUCGCGGCCUCCAGGAUAUCCAACCCAGAACGAAAGUUUAUCCUAAAGUCAAUUGGAUUAGAUGACGUCAAUCGCGGAAAUAUGACUUUAUUACCUCUUCCAACGGAAAGGGAUACCAAGCUAUAUCUCUCUAAGCUGCCAAUAUCAAAACCUAACCCCUGGAUUCUGCAACAAUUCAUCCCCGGCGGCGAAGAAUACUGCACGCAUUCUCUCGUAGUAAGAGGGGAGGUGAAAUGCUUCGUAGCUUGCCCCAGUGCCGAGUUACUGAUGCAUUACACACCACUCCCCUCGAAUUCUCCCUUAUCGCGAGCGAUGCUGGACUUCACCGUCGAAUUCGUGCGACGUUCACCAAACCCCGAGAACAUGACAGGUCAUCUCAGUUUUGAUUUCAUGACAAGCGAAAAAGGUUCUAGUUAUUGCGGGAUCGAGAAGAAUAUUUACGCCAUUGAAUGUAACCCUCGUGCCCACACUGCAGUGGUUUUAUUUGCGCAGCACAGUCCUGAGAUGAAAGCUAUGGUGAACGCUUACCUUGACGCCAUUGAUGAAAGCGAGUCGCAAGCCGGCACUGAGGGGCUAGUUGUUCCACCGGCCAAUAUAAAACCGAGAUACUGGAUAGGGCAUGAUUUAGUCUCGUUGCUCAUUCACCCUAUGCUAUUGUGGUGUUUUGGUCUCAUCGACUUCAACCAUGCCUCAUCAGAUACUAUUGAAUUCUUGCGCCAUUUGCUCACAUGGAAAGAGGGCACCUUUGAGGUUUGGGAUCCGCUGCCGGCAUUUUUCCUAUAUCAUGUCUAUUGGCCGAGUGUUAUCCUAUAUGCUUGGUGCUAUGGAAGACAUUGGAGCAGAAUCAACGUUAGCACGAAGAAGAUGUUUACUUGCUAAUUGAUACCUCUAUCACGUAUGUCAAAUUUACCACUUCGAUAAUUUUAAUUUCUUGUAUAUUUCUUCUCCAUAUAUAUCGUAUCUAAUAUUUCAAAUUAUUUCUGCGUCCUUUGUGUUACAUAGCCUUGACAUCGAU